AUGUCGGGUGAGAAUAACUUUUUCCGUAACCCCUACUCAACGAACGCUAAUUAUGAGGACGUGUCUGCUCAAAAUGAAUAUGAGGGUGCCUCUCAGGAGGGCGUCUUUUAUAACAACAUGUCGGAGCGGGCGUACAGCUACGACCCGAAGGAAAAUUUGUCACAGGAGUUCGUGAAUCCGAACAUGAGCAGUUUUGGAAACCGAGGAAUUGGGCUGAUCAGCCAGAACAGCAUGAACAGUCAGCACAGCAUGAACAGUCAGCACAGCAUGAACAGUCAGAACAGCAUGUACAGUCAGAACAGCAUGUACAGUCAGAACAGCAUGCACAGUCAGAACAGCAUGAACAGCCAGGGGGGCUACGGCGGGAUGCGUGGCGGAUUUGGAGGCAACUACGGAAGCGGCGGCAGGGGAUACAUGAAUGAGUCAGGCAACUUCCAGGACAGGCCAGGAGCAAACCACACGGGCCUCAAUUCCGUUAACAACUUGACCUACGCAAACGGCAUGGGAAGAAUGAGAGGUAUGGGAGGAAUAGGCAACUUGAACACCGGCACCAUGGAAAGAAUGGACAGCAUGGAUAGCAUGCGGAUGUUGAAUAACCUAGGGGGAGUUCAGAACCUCCACAACUCACUGAGCGACAUGGGAGCGCUCAACAGAAUGGAAAAUAUGUUCAUGAAUAAAAAUGUAAAAAGGGGCAUGCAGACAGGCUACGACAAUGGUAAGGAAGCAGUUAGCUUUAAUCACAUGGGUGCUAUGCACAACUCGUACGGCGGUAUGACCACCGUAGGUAUUCCAGGGCAACGCGUUCAAGGGGGGACGUUGAAUUUGCAACCCCAUGCCAGUGAUUUGAAGAGUAACAAUUGGUAUGGUAGGCAGAGGACUUUGGAAAAUGUGAACAGUGGCGGGGGCGGUCCAGGUGGAGAUGCGCAGAGCAGACCCACCAGCCAAGUGAACACGCCUCAAAACAGGGGGGCAGAGUUAAACAAUAGUUGUGAUCGCCCGAGCGGCUUCUCAGGAUUGAGCAGCAUGCAAGGAGUGGAUGCCAUGAGCGGGUUUGGCAGCGCCAACGGGUUUGCCAACCCCAGCGGAUUGAGCAGUAUGAACAGCUUCCAUAGUGUGGACAACCAGACUGGAAUGACCCACACGAGCAGCGAGCUAAGUUCUAUUAAAAGUAGAAGCGAUCUGCCGAGAGCAAAUAAUUAUCACACUCUAAGUGGAAACAACAGGUAUGACAAUUAUCGCAUGGGUGAGUGCGCGACGGAUAGGAACAUCAUGAGAAACCAUAAUGCCAUGCAGCAGGGGUACAUUACUACUCCGAGGGCCAACUUCCUAGAAGGCCAAAAUGGCAAUAGGGCUACAAGCCCGCAAAAUCUGAACAGCACUUUUGGAAACCAGGGAACCACUUACCCAGGUGGUAACAACAUACCUAACAGCUCCUACCACGUGAAAGGGAAUAUGAGAAAUGCCGUGAAGAGCACCAUAAAUUGUAGCAUGAACCUUUUGAACAAGUCUUCAAAUGAGACCCUCAAGAAGGAGGAGCGAGUGGUAUACAGCCCCAAGGGAAGCGCAGCCUAUGCCAUUGGUGGGGGCGUUGCUGGAGGCAUUGGUGGUGGUGUUGGCGGUGGACGUAUUGGUUCAAUUCGAGGCGACCUUCAGGGGGGUCAGAGCAUGAAUCUCCCUCCCAAUGAGUACCCCCCCUUCAAUCAUCAAUACAGCGGAGGGGCAGACAAGUUAGCCGUUCAGGGAGGCAAAGGUGCGCAGAAUGACCACAGCCCAAGUGUAAGGAACAGCCAAAUGGUGGACCCCCGUUUGGCGUAUGGCGCGAACAGAGGGGCCUUUUUUUACGAAAGCCAGUAUGCUGACCAGAGUCCCGUAUGGGGGGCAAGGGGCUACAACGCGCGGCCUGUGUAUGAGAGGAGCGAUUUCAAAGGAGGCUCCGCAUUUGGCGUCACCGCUUCGACCGCUUCAAGGGGUGCAGGCCCUGCUGGCGCUACUGGCGGCGUUAGCCGUUCAGGUGCCUUCGAUAACUCCUAUGGAAAAAGCGCCGCCAUUUUUUACGACAAAAACGCAGCUAAUUUUUACGGUAAAAUUGCCGCAAGCUUUUACGGGAAGGGUAGGCAGAGUCCUGAGGGGCCACCCACGCAGCAGGGGAUAUUGCACCCGCAGAUGUUCCUCGGUGCAGCGACCAGUAACAACUUCCCACCGCAGCAACAGGAGGGGCAACAGGGGGAGCAACAGGAGCAGAAGCAGGUGAAGAACAAAGGGAGGUCCAGAAAAGGAAAGAAUAGCGGCCCAAAGGGGGAAGGGGAAGGGGAAGAGGACCAGGAAAAAAAAAACGCAGUGAAAAAUGAUAAAAGGAUUAGAAGAAAAAGCCUAAAGAAUAAAAUCACACCCAACAUUAGCAUGAGUACCAGCGUUAACGUCGGUGGGUACUCAAAUGUGAACAACGUGAAUGGCAACUGCAACAAUGAUAAUUAUUUCCACGAUGGUAGUUCAAAAGCAAUAACAGUGAACGUAUUGAAUGGAGGAGAAUUGGGUAACUUUGAGGGGGUAUCUGCUAUGAGCGGAUAUGCGACUGAAAAUGGUAAGGACGCCCAGGGUGUAGGAAUAGCUAAGCAUGUUGAGGGCCACUCGCUUGAAGCAAACGAGCAUCUCGUCCUUUCUAACAGUCAACUCCUCGAAAGCUACAAGGAAUACCUGCAACUGCAGGCACAGAAUCCAAGUGAGCAAAAAGGUAAAUUCAUCACCACACUCAACAAGAAUAUUGUGGAAAUGAUUCUAAGAAACAAUAAGUAUACAAUAGGAAAAGGUACAGACGAUAAUGUGAGUAACUCGUACACCAACUUCUUAAUGAAUGUAAGUUCUUCUUAUAUGAAGAACAAAUCACAAGCAUGUAAAAAUGGAACGGACAAUAAAACGGAUACUGCUCACCACCCGCAUGUUCUGAACAAUGGUGUAGAAGGUUGUUCAUCCCAAGUGGAUCAUAAUGGUGAGAGGGUAAAUGUGACAGCGGGGUUAUCUCCCCCCAGUAGGACACUUGAAGGAAAUUUUGCGGGAGGAGGGAUACAGCAGGGAUGUGCAACAGAUGCAUAUGUACCAUACGAAGGAGUCGCAAGUGAAAUGAAUGUAGCUAAAGUGAAAACGGAAGUGCAGGAGGAACACCAACUGAAUGGAGUGCAGGCGGGGGCAGAUGCGGGGGUAAAUGCAGUGGCAGGUGUAGGGGUAGAUGCAGCGGCAGGUGUAGAGGAAGGAGGAGUACCCUUGAAGAAAAAAGGAACUCGAGGAAGGAAAAAAAAAAUACAAAUCGCCCCUGUAGACCAAGGACACAUAUUACAUACAGGUGUAAAAGUGGAAGAGAAACAAGUCAAGCGCAAGGGUAGGAAAAGGAAAAUUUUUAUAGAACCAGCUAGCCAAAAUAAUAAUGACAAGGAAGUCGAGAAAAAAACAUACGAGUAUGUAAAAAGCAUUCCAUUAGAAGAACCCAUCAUUCAAAAUAUAAAAGAAGAAGGAACAAAAAUUAAAAGUGAUGAAAUAGCAUUGUGUUUUAAAUUACCCAUAGGUGAAGCUCCAUUUGGAGACAGCAACAAUAACUCUCCUCUAGAUGUCACAAGAAACGUUUUUCAAAUCCUUAAUUAUAAGCUAAACAAGUUCAAUGUAAAAAAUUGUAUUAACAGCCACGCGGAGGUAACUGUUCUACUUAAUAACUUCCUGAAGGUGGUGAGAAUUAUAAAUCAUCACAAGAAGAUGUUGCAGGGGGUGUACGCUCACCGCUUUAAGGUCCCCAGUGAGAUUUCCCUUAGGAAGUACUUUGAAGCCAAGUUCCCCUUUUUACAGAGUUACAGAAAUAGGCUCUACGAGCUGGCGGAUGGGGAAGCGGACGGGGAAGAGGACGACGAAGAGGAGGAGGGGUACCAAGAGGGGGAGGAGGAUGGCGUGAAAGAAGAAGAAAAGGUUGAGUCUGUAGCCGUAGUCGCAUCCGCAGUUGCAACCGCAGUUGAAGCCCAUUCGCGGGCGGAGGACGAAGCGGGGCAACUGCUCACAGGAGCUAAUUCACCCGGUGAAGACCUACCCACUGCAGAAGGAACACAAAUUGGGGAGAGCCUUUGCGGUGGUAUGAUGCCCCCUCUGGUUAACCACGCAAAUGGCAGCGGAAGGUCAAAUAUGGUUAAGGAGGAAUUCGGCCCUGUUUCAAGUAUGGAAAAUUCGCACUAUGGCAACGACGAAGGGUGUGACACAAACGGAAAUUCUCACAGGACACUCGAAGUAGAACCUUCCCCCGUUAAUCAUUUGAACGGGAUGAAAGGCACAAUGAUGGAUGAUGCACACUUCUCACAAGUGAACCCCACCAAUGGUUAUGUAGGAGUGAAGCAGGAGUAUGUCAAUGGGACGGACGGAAUAAGUGUGUCGAGGUGUGUCUUACCUAACGGUAGUCAGGGCGAGGGUUACGCUCUGGGCAUCAUUGACCCCUUCACGUACUUACCGCCCAAUUCGGUUACAUACGAAAUGUUGAAUCCAACCACCUACAUGACAAGCUACCCCUCCGCCUUCCCCUGUGAGGAGUAUCAAACGUAUGGCGCACAGCCGAAUGGGCACACCCAGAAUAACGCCCCACAUCAUUUCGCUCCCCACGUGAAUUCAGCAAAUAAUUUGAAUGGAGAUUCGUUCGGGUGA